CGCUGCUGCUGGCCCUCAGCCUCUGAGUCCUCGGCGCUUCUCCGGGGCUCGGGCCCUGCCGUCCUCGGAUGGCGUCCUAGGCACGGGCUCACCGUGCCGGCGGGGGAGCUUCGCUCUGGCCCGCAGCGCCGAGCCGCGCGGAGUGGAAGUUGGGCGCCGGGCCCGCGCCGCCGCGGGGACGGCCGAGCGGAGCCAGGAUGGCCCCGGAGUCUAAAAAGCUGUUCAACAUCGUUAUUCUGGGAGUGGCGUUCAUGUUCAUGUUCACCGCCUUUCAGACCUGCGGGAAUGUGGCGCAAACUGUCAUCCGGAGUCUGAACAGCACCGAUUUCCACGGCAGUGGCUACACCAGCAUGGCCAUCAUUUAUGGAGUGUUCUCCGCCUCCAAUCUGAUCACGCCAUCAGUGGUCGCUAUCGUAGGACCUCAGCUCUCCAUGUUUGUCAGCGGUUUAUUUUACAGCAUGUACAUUGCCGUUUUUAUCCAGCCUUUCCCGUGGUCCUUCUACACGGCCUCCGUUUUCAUUGGAAUCGCAGCGGCUGUGCUCUGGACAGCACAAGGAAACUGCCUGACAGUAAAUUCAGAUGAGCACACCAUUGGGAGGAACAGUGGAAUCUUCUGGGCACUCUUGCAGUCUAGCUUAUUCUUCGGAAAUCUCUACAUAUAUUUUGCCUGGCAAGGGAAGACUCACAUAUCAGAGAGUGACCGGAGAACAGUGUUUAUCGCCCUGACGGUGAUCAGCCUCGUGGGGGCUGUUCUGUUCUUUCUCAUUCGGAAACCAGACCCAGAAAAUAUCCUUGGAGAAGACGACUCUUCCGACGGCCAGGACGUGGAAGUCGCUGAGUCCGCCCAGAACACCAUGACCAAGGCAGUCGAUGCGUUUAGAAAGUCUCUUAAGUUAUGUGUCACCAAGGAGAUGCUCCUUCUAAGUAUUACAACCGCGUACACAGGUCUGGAGUUGACUUUCUUCUCUGGCGUGUAUGGGACCUGUAUCGGUGCUGUAAAUAAAUUUGGAACAGAAGAGAAAAGCCUCAUUGGACUUUCUGGCAUUUUUAUCGGCAUUGGAGAAAUUUUAGGUGGGAGCCUCUUUGGCCUACUGAGCAAGAAUAACCGUUUUGGCAGAAAUCCAGUUGUGCUGUUGGGCAUCCUGGUGCACUUUGUAGCUUUUUACUUAAUAUUUCUCAACAUGCCCGCGGACGCCCCCAUCGCCCCCGUGGAGGGAACCAGCAGCAACGCUUACAUCAGAUCCAGCAAGGAAGUCGCCAUUCUCUGCAGUUUCCUGCUGGGCCUGGGAGACAGCUGCUUCAACACCCAGCUGCUGAGCAUCCUGGGCUUCCUCUACGCGGACGACAGCGCGCCGGCCUUUGCCGUCUUCAAGUUUGUCCAGUCUGUGUGUGCGGCCGUGGCGUUCUUCUACAGCAACUACCUUCUCCUCCACUGGCAACUCCUGGUCAUGGUGACGUUUGGGUUCUUUGGGACGAUCUCCUUCUUCACCGUGGAAUGGGACGCUGCGGCCAUCGUGGCCCGGGGCUCUGACUACCGGAGCAUCUGACUGGGUGCCGGCGAGGGGAGGCAGCGUCUUCAGGGAUCCCAGCUGGACGCAGAGCCUGGCGGAGGAAGCUGCCGUUGGUUUUUACAGGAUGUUGGAUGAUGUGCGGUAUGGAAAAUCAAGGAAUUGUGACCGUUAAACCUGCCAGGGCUGGCAUCACGUUUACAGAUAGUAGCUAUUUCAAGUGGAAUAAGGGAAACCUGCUCUGCCAGUUACCAUGGUUCUGAUCCCUUGUUCUUCAUUCGUCUGUCCCGUGUUCCUUUCGAUCAUGCUGUAGACUGUAGAUGUUUUCUCUGCACUGUUCCUUCGGAGCCCCAGGGGGGCCGUGUGUCCCAGCGAGGUGCCUGUGGGGUGUCAGUGCGCCUCACCACGUGAUGGGCAGCCUUGCCACUCCGCGUGUGUAUCCGGGAAUGACAUUUAAAUAAACAGCAGAUGCAAAUGAAGUCUCACCCUCGGAAGAAUGUCUUCCUCCUCAAAUAUUCUGUAAGUUUCCUUACAUUGUACUUCAUGGCAGGAGGUGGCCAACUUAAGAAUUAUAAAAUGAGAUAAAAAUUGUCUUAAGUCUUAAAAACAUGAAUCUAAUAUCUAUAAAUGAACAAAAAACACAUUUAAAAAUCAAGCACUUAACCAAGGGAGAAUUUUGUUAGUAAAUUCUCCUGGAAGAUGCAAAGCAGAAAAGAAAUCCCCAGACGACCCGUGCUGGGCUCUGAGCUGCGGUGGUGGGACGUGUCGUUUGCGUGCCACACGUCUGCUCGUGACCGGGUUCACGGUCCUCCUGUCCAGAACAGAGUGUGACCCUUGGCGAAGCGCUUAAAUGCUUCACUCUCUCCCUGUGGGCUUACUUAAAAUGUGCUCGAAAUUGAGAUAAAAUUUGGAAACCUUGAAAUUCACUGUUUAAGUGGAUGGUUUUUGUUAUAUUCACAAAGUUGGCCCACCAUCAUCGCCUGACUCCAGAACAUUCUCCUGGCCCAAGGAGAACCCCUGCCUGUCAGCAGACACUCCCCUCCUCCACCGGGCACCACUCGGCCUCUGGGUUGGCCUGUCCAAGAGGCGAAGAGCCCUGGCAGAUAAAGCCAGCCCAGAGGACAAGUGGUACCUGAUUUUUUUUUCAGUCUACUAUGAUUUGGGACUUGUGUAGUUGGCUUGCAGGUGAUGAGCCCAGAGUCCAGGGGAGCGCGGUCUCAGGGUUUUGUUGGGGAGUCAGAGUCGCGGCCUCCAUUGGUGGGCGGCUCCGGGCUCUCCUGUGCCGGGUUGUGGGUGUUGGUUUCCCUUCUUGAAGUUGAGGUAACCUCGGAUGGCUUGGUUGACUGUAAGAAUUCGGUACAUGAGAUUUGAGGCCUGGCGCGGAUGGCUCGCCGUGUCUUGAACACGGUAGUAUUUGUGCAGGUGUUCUCGUUGUCUCGUGCAGUGUAACAGAUUACCCCCGACACUGAGCUGCUUACAUCAGCACCCAUCUCUUAGCCCUCAGGUCUGCGGGUCAGGAACCUGGGGGUGGCUGAGCUGGGCCCUCGGCCCACGGUCCCUCUUCAGGCCCAGCCUGGGUGUUGGCCAGCUCCUGGUGCUCGCUGCUCAGGCUGUUGGCAGGAGUCACUUCCUCCCCACGUCUUAGCUUAUGGCUGCUGUUGAAUAUCGGCCUCUGUUGCUUGUCACAUGGGGGUGUCCUCUGGGCCACUCAACACGACAGCUGUCCUCAUCAGAGCGAGGCAGAAGCCACUCUAACCUUCAGCCCGAGAGUGACGCCUGUCGCUCCUGUAGUCUGUCCGUCAGAUGCACAUCGCUCAUUCCAGCCCACACUGCAAAGGGGACCCAGUGCCGGGAGGCAGGCGGAUGGGGACCACCUCGCAAGGCUUCCUGACACCCCGGGGCUUACACUGAAGGCGAGAACUGGGUCCCUUGUCCUCCAUUUGCUCAUCCCAGCCCCCACGCUGCGCCGGCAGAACAAGGCUGAGCGGCCCCUGCCAGUGCCUCUGGUGUUGUGACCCAGGGAGGGCGCGGCUCUCUCACCACCACGGGUAGGUUCCUUGUGAUCAGUGUCACAGGGAGAAGCAGCAGGGAGGCCGCUCCCCUGGCUGGGUGCUGGAUUGGUCAUUUUAAGUUCUCCAUGCAACUGUUUUUUUGUUUUUUUUUUUUCAGGUCAUGUUUUUAUUUUUUAUUUUUUGUCUAUUUAAUGUCUAUCUCAGUGGAUUCUAGAUGACUGGAUAAUGUUAAGGUUGUCUUUUGAAUUCUCAGCAUUGAGUUAAGAAC